CGCUCCUUCCCGCCCCCCCCUCGCCUCUCUCGCUCCCCUCCGCCUUCCUCCCGCGAGACUUCCGGGGCACCGUCGGUGCGGCCGGCCGGAGCCAUGAGCGAGGACGGCGGCGGGGCCUGGGACCCCGCUUCCCCGGCCUCCAAGCAGCGGCGCCUCGACGCCUCGGCCUGUCAGUCGCAGAAGGAGACCGAGGCGGCCCAGGCACUGGCUGACAUGACGGCUUGGAGCGGCGGGGGGCGCGAAACCGCCGCCGAGCGGCAGGGGGCGCGCGAAACCGCCGACGACGAGGGGAGCCUGGAAACCGCCGCCGCCCAGCAGGGGGCGCCCGAAACCGCCAACCCGCCGGGGCUUCCCGGGAAGGACUUGGGCGCCCGGGGUGGCCGCGCUCGGCGCGACUCGAAGGCCGACGGGGAGGAGGAGCGGCCCGGGGACGGCGAAGGCGGCGCAGGAGCCGAAGCGGAGGGAAAGGGAGAGCUAGAAACCGCCGCCCGGCGCGCCAGGGGGAGCCUGGAAACCACCAAAGCGGCGGAGGAAGAGGAGGCGGCGGCGGGAGAUGGCCGGGAGGGCCGGAGGAAGAGGAAGGAGGCCAAGGAGAGGCGGAGGGUGGCCGAGUUGGCGGCGGCGGCUGCUGCUGCGGCGGCGGCGGAGGACGAGUGCUCCAUCAUCUCGGUGGGCGAGGACGAUGACGAGGAGGACGGAGGAGGAGGAGGGGGGGGAGGAAGGCCGCCCGCCAAGACGGAGCAGUACCUGGAGGCGCUGGAGGCCGUGCAGGUGGAGCUGGAGGCCGUCAACCAGCAGGCCGGCCGGGCCUUCAGCCAGCUCAAGGCCAAGUUCGGCCACAUCCGGCGGCCCCACCUGGAGAGGCGCAACCGCAUCAUCCAGAACAUCCCCGGCUUCUGGGUCACCGCCUUUCUCAAUCACCCUCAGCUUUCAGCCAUGAUCAAUGACCGGGAUGAGGAUACGCUGAGCUACAUGACCAAUCUGCAGGUUGAGGAGUUCACCCACGGAAAGUCCGGCUGCAAGAUCAAGUUCUAUUUCAACAGCAAUCCCUACUUCCAGAAUGAGGUCAUCGUGAAGGAAUUCCAGUGUGGGUCUUCAGGGAGGCUGGUGUCCCACUCGACGCCCAUCCGCUGGUGGCGCGGCCUGGACCCCCUGGCUCACGGCCGGAAGAGCUUCGAGAUGAACCGCAGCUUCUUCAGCUGGUUCUGCGACCACAGCUUCCCAGCGGGGGACCGCAUUGCCGAGAUCAUCAAAGAGGAUCUCUGGCCCAACCCGCUGCAGUACUACCUGAUGGGAGAGGGGGGUGAAAACGGCGAGGAAGACAGCGAGACAGAGAACGGGGACGACUUUGUGGUCAUCGUGGAUGACGAUGGGGAAGACGAGGAGGAAGAGGGAGAGGAGGAGGACGAGGAGGAGGAAGAAGCAGCAGCAACAGCGGCGGACGUGCAGGAGAUCAUGGACGAGGAGACAGAGCACGGUGACGCCGUGGAAGAGAUCCUGAGCAGCCAAGAAGAGAACGCGGCCGGCCCUGCCUCCUCCGUCCGCGAAGAACCGGACGGGAGGGAUUCAGGGGCCGAAGAAGAUGGCUAGCCCGGUCCACGCAGAGACCGCCCGUCUGGCUGGACUUUCCCACGGCGACCCCCGUGGCACUCUGACCAAUUGCACUUGGCCGCGGCGGCAGGAGAAAAGGGGAGCGGUUCGAAGGCGCCUUCCCGCUCGGGAGCAGCAGUCACGUUGGUUGUUUUGUACCUUUAUUUAUUGCAGCGACUGCAGUUCCCCCCGCCCCGCCCUUCGGGGGGGAGGAGGGACCACCACACACCAGCAGCCCCCCUCCCCCUCCUUACCUGUCCGAUGCUUGGCAUCUCUCCUUACCUGCCUGUGUGGGGACUGUUUGCAUAUUUACGCCUCCCCCCUCCCCGGUGGCUGCUCAGGUUU